AUGCAGUUAUCCACUCAAAUUUCUAAUCCAAAUGCCAAUGUUUUAUACCAAAAUUCUUCUUUCUCAAUGCCAAUUUCUCAAAAUAAUAAUCCAAAAGUCAAAGUCAUUAUUUUAAACCAGAAUCCUCCUUACCAAAUACCAACCCUUCAAAAUUAUAUUCAAACUGAUAAUAAUUCACAACAGCAAAACUACUAUCAAAAUUAUAAUCACAAUACCAAUAUGUUACAACAGCAAACCUUUUCUCAAAAUCAUAAUCAAAAUACUAAUAUAUCUCAACAACAAGAGAAUUCUUCUUACACAAUGCCGAUCCCUCAAAAUUAUAUUCAAAAUGAUCAUAAGUCACAACAACAAAACUUUUCUCAAAAUUAUAAUCACAAUGCUAAUAUGUUACAACAGCAAAACUUCUCUCAAAAUCAUAAUCAAAAUGCUAAUAUAACACAACAGCAAGAAAAUUCUUCUUACACAAUGCCAUUCUCUCAAAAUUAUAAUCACAACGCUAAUACGUCACAACAGCAAAACGUCCCUCAAAAUAAUUAUCAAAAUGCUAUUAAACAACAGCAAAACGCUCCUCAAAAUAAUUAUCAAAAUGCUAUUAAACAACAGCAAAACGCUCCUCAAAAUAAUUAUCAAAAUGAUAUUAAACAACAGCAAAACGUCCCUCAAAAUCAUGCUAUUAAACAACAGCAAAACGUCCAUCAAAAUCAAGCCAUUAAACAACAGCAAGAAUUAUUACUAAUACAACAACAAGUGCAACUAAAUCAAGAGUUAUGUAAAAUGAUGAUUAACAUGGGGAAUUCUAUUUCAGACUUGUGCGACUAA